AUUUAUUGCCGUUAACAGUGGCGAAUUUUGAAAAAGCGGCCUUCGUUUUGCUAAUUAGCGUUAGUUCGCAUUAUUUCCACGCUGAUUUAAAACGGCGAGAAUAAAUCGUUUUUUCAAGUUUCUAUUGAAGAAAUGAAUCAAGCAACAAUGUUGAAGCUCCUAACAGUAGCGCGGUGUUAUUGCGAGUGUGUGUGAUAUUGUGCGAAAUAUUGGCGUUUUGCAAAAUGCGUUUUCCUAUUGUUAUUAACCUGGAAACUUAUUUAUUACAGAUUGUCCUUAGCUGGCUGCAUCUAGUCACAAUGCUACGGCUAGCUGUCUAGCAAUCCUCCGUUCAGUUGAACGGAGUGGAGCUAGCUGACUGUUAGCUUCAUGUCAGCGCUAGCUAGCAACCUGGGCUGACAUUCCGUGACAAGGGGAAAGUGAAGAAAAUAACCCGAGUGAAGGAAAACACCAAGUCAGGAAAUUACACAGCAAGCACUUGCUUUUGUUCAACGCGUAGCGGCUUUACACGAUCUGUUUAAAUAUGUAACUUGAGUAAUUUACAUAGUUUAAACGUGUUGGUGGCCUCUUCCUAUGCUCCGCCAUUUUGUAUAAGACGAAUGCUAAUCAUGGGCGCUCUUACAUACACUUUAUUUAUGGAUAGAAUAAAACUGGGGUAUUAAGUGCAAAGUCAGACUUAAUCAAGAUCCAUUAGCUCGGGCUGUUGUUUACUUUUCACAUGGUUAUGACCACCAUGCAAACAGAAAAUAUCACCUUAAUACAGCGUUGAACAUGCGUCAAGACUAAAACGUUAUAUCGUAAUAUUCGUCGGAUUAAAACGCUUUUAAGUUUGGCCAGUCAGUGCAGAAAACAGUGUUCUCUUUAAAAUUGAUAAACAAAUUACCCUCUCACUUGUUCAUAACCAGGCAAACAGCCGGUUUUAAGAGAUACUGUUAAAACAAGGAAAAGAUGAACUUGUGUGGUUAACUUAAAGUUGAGGCAUUUUUCCUCAUGUUUGUAAAUGAUCCUGACGAAGAUUCACGCUAAUGGGACCGUUUGUGCACGUAUUUCCCAGUUAGUUGACCAGCAAAACAAUAUUAUUAUUGACUGUGUUGUCUGAAAUCGAAGUGCAUGGUGUAUCCUGCAAGCCAGCACACAGUCGCCAUCUAGCGGUGAUGUUGGACAAUGCUGUUUACAAGUGCAGGUAGAAACUGCAUUCUUCGUUGGGAGCACUUUGCAGGGAUAUAAAGGAGGAGUGGGAAUGACCGAUACUCCACCCAGUGAUGGCCCCUCCCAGGGAGCUGAGUUUGACAUUAUGGGUGCUUUGGACUGGAAGGAUGGUAUAGCCACGCUGCCAGGCAGUGACAUCAGGUUCCGCAUGACAGAGUUUGCGACUCUUGAGAUUGUCACAGACCUAGAGGUCAAAGGGCAGGAGGCACAGCCUAACUGUAAGACCUUGGACCCAGCACAGUCACACACUCCCACCCCUCCACCAGAGGGCCAAUCACAGACUGGCACGGCCACAGCUCCAGCCAAUCAGAGUCAGCCAGGUUCGUCACAAGCUAAAGCCCCCCGUCCUGUGCUUCUGUCUUUAGAGGAGGGCCCCAGUAUGGAGGGCCCCAAUGUGGAGGUUGGUCCCAGUGUUGAAGUUGGCUCUAGCGCACACAUGGGCCCAAAUGGGGAGCUGUCAAGGUGCCGGGCCUGUGGUGGCCCCGUUCCCCGGGAUGCCCUCUUUCAGGGCAAAUUCUGUAGCUCCAUUUGUGCCCAGCCCUCCAGUGGCAGAUCGUCUCCAGGGGAAGCAAGGGAGAGUCAAACAGUUGAGGGCGAGAGGCUGGGUAAACGUGUGCGCAAAAAGAGGAAGAUCUAUAUGGAUUCUGGUGAUGAAGAGGAAGACAACCAAGAGGAACCAGAGGAAAAAGCAAAGACUACCAAAGGCAGAAGAGGUGCCAAAAUUGCCAAACUUGUGACUGCCCCACCCAAUAAAAAACGGGCAUGGAGCUGGCCUGCUUACUUGGAAGAGGAGAGGGCCAUCGCUUCUCCUGUUAAACUAUUCAAAGAGCACCAGUCGUUUCCUCAAAGCAGGAACAGUUUUAAAGUGGGAAUGAAGCUGGAGGGGUUGGACCCAUCUCACCCAUCUCUGUUCUGUGUACUCACUGUUGCAGAGGUACAGAUCCAAGGCUAUAGGGUGAGGCUACACUUUGAUGGUUACCCAGAAUGCUACGACUUCUGGGCCAACGCUGACUCAUGGGAUAUAAAACCAGCUGGCUGGUGUGAGAAGAAUGGACAUAAGUUAUUGUUGCCUAAAGGUUGUAAGGAUGGAGAGUUUAAUUGGAGCAUGUAUGUGAAGAACUGCAGGGGUCAGCUGGCCCCAAAACACCUUUUCAAGAGCCUCAACACAUCUGUGACUCCGUCUGGAUUUAGAGCAGGGAUGAAGCUGGAGGCGGUCGACAGGAAGAACCCAUCGUUGAUCUGUGUAGCAACCAUUGCUGCUGUUGUUGACAACCGACUGCUCAUUCAUUUUGACAACUGGGAUGACACAUAUGAUUAUUGGUGUGACGCUAGCAGUCCAUACAUCCAUCCUGUGGGGUUCUGUGAAGAGGCUGAGCUAACUCUGACCACUCCAGCUGGUAAGACACAGACCAAGACACACGUGGAAUAUAAGCAACCCAAGAGUUUCUCAUGGGAGAAAUACCUGGAAGUGACGGGCACACAGGCUGCUCCUGCUCGAGCUUUCAAACCUCGACCUCCACAUGGCUUCCAGGUUGGGAUGAAAGUGGAAGCUGUCGAUAAGAGGAACCCCAUGCUCAUCCGUGUUGCAACUAUAGCGGACACAGAGGACCACCGACUAAAGAUUCAUUUUGAUGGCUGGAGUUCAGAGUAUGACUACUGGGUGGAGACAGACUGCCCUGAUCUGCACCCUGUAGGGUGGUGUCAGAAAACUGGACACCCACUGCAAUACCCUAAUGGCUCCAGUGAUUUGUUGACUGCCCCAGGACAAGGAUGUCCUACCCCAGGAUGCAACGGGGUUGGCCACAUCAGAGGGCCUCGCUAUGGGACCCACUACACCCAAGUGAGCUGUCCCUACUCUGAGAUGAAUCUGAACAAGGAGGGCUUGCUGCCAGAUCGCCUCAGCGGUGAACGACCUCUCGCCCUCAGUGGACUUCAUCCUCGUGGGCGACGCCCCGAUCCUCACACAAACAUUACGACACACAUCUCCUCAACGCCAGACCAGACGGAAGGAGCUGAAGACUCCCAGAACAGGAAACCGGUGACAGUGGAAGCUGAGCGUUCAGGACGCAACAGCCAACCGGAGCCACCGGGUGGAGCCAGUGAGCAGAGCCACAAUGGAACAAGGCCCAAACGGACUGCUCCAGUUCCCAAAUACCUUAAAAUGCACUACGUUAAAGAGGAGAUUGGCGAUAGUAAAGCCUCUCCAGACGCCAUCUCUCUCCAGCAGGCCCUCCACGAGUCUGUGUUUUCCCCCGGCAUCUCUGCCUCCCCCCCCCACCGGGUGGCUCUCUGCUGGGACAAACACUGCCAGCUGCUGCCUGAGGUCCUGGGGCUGACUGCCAAGAGAGUGGCCACUUGGAGCGCUGAGGAGGUGGCCAGUUUUGUCAAAGGACUCCCAGGAUGUAAAGAACAUGCUGCUACAUUUAAAACAGAGCAAAUAGAUGGCGAGGCCUUCCUGCUGCUCACUCAAGCAGACAUUGUCAAGAUCCUGUCAAUCAAGUUAGGGCCCGCCCUGAAGAUCUACAACUCCAUCCUCAUGUUGAAGAACGCAGACGAAGAGUGAGGAAUCACUCGCUCCUUACCGGUUCCCUCGGCUCCGGUUUCAUCAACACUCAGCUAAAGACAUUUGAUAAAAUCAGCCAGAACAGGUUUCAUCUCUCGAGCUCUGCAACGGUGCAGCUACACGAGAGAAACAAGUGGAAGCCAUCAUCUCGAAACACGUCCAUCUCUCCCUCCUCUCUCUAUGAAUGGACAGUAUUGAUCAACCUGAGGGAGACUUGUACAUGAUACCGUGAGGAUUCCUCGACUUAUAUCGUCUUUGUUUUCUGAAUCAAAAAAACAAACAAAACUACAGGCACCUUCAAUGCUUCUAAACAUUGUACAGUUUAUGGAUUUAGUGUCACAAUUCUGUUGCAUUUCCCAUUUUAUUUGAACUGUAAUGGUGCUUAAGCUCAGAGCAGAUGGAACAAGCGUCUUUGUGCUUUCUUGCUUUUUUUUUUUUUUUUUUUAAAGCUGCAAAAUACAAUCGAGAGGUUCUUGACACCCAGUGGAGCAGAAGCACUAUGUAGUUCAGCCUUUCUCCUCUAGAUGGAGAAAGUGGGUCACUCCACAGGCCCAAAGGCAAGAGAGUUUGUUUAAAUUGGAGUUGGCUGAGGCUUAGAUUAAAUGGGGGGAUGGUAAAAACUUUUCGUGUGUGUGUGUGCGCAAAUGUGACUAAGUGUGUUUGAGAAAUGAGGAUGUAAUUUCCCACCAGCCUGUGUGUGUGUGUGUGUGUGUGUGUGUUGCUUUUCUGGUCAGAGGAUUGAGCAGGGCUAAGGGCUAAAUGUUAAAUCAAGGAAACUUGCAGUCUUUUAAGGUGGAACGAGUCAAUGAACCAGCUCUGUUCAUCUCUAUCUGCUAUUUUUUGGGCAACGGCACAUGAAUAUGAAUGUUUAAAACAGCUUUUAGUUGUUUUGUUUAUUAAUUAUCUUGUUUGGUUUAAAUAACCUCUGUCAUUCAUAUUGUAAAUAGUAUACAGCUACAAAAGGACUGUCCUCGCUACAGUUUACUCCUGCUUGGUUAUGCAAAGGCUUGGCAUCUGUCUACAGCGGAGGACAAUGUGACAGUGAACUGAAAAAUACGAGCCUCAAUUCAUACAUAGAUUUUGAGAAGAAAAAAAAAAACCCAAAUGUUGUCAGUGUCUUUGUAAAUCAGCGUGUACUUCAGCAAGUUGGAAUGUGUACAUCAGCAACUGUUUAUAUGCAAACAGCUUUUAUUUAUGUAUUCUAAUUUAAGGGGUAAUGGUAUGCUGUUCUGGCUCCGAGGUGGCUGUGGUUGUUUGAUGGAAUGGGUGAAAAUAAAUGAUGCACACUG